CAAACAACCCCGACCUGACUGCCUACACUGGUCGCGCAGCGUGCUGGCCGGGCGAGGGGACCACGCGCACGCUAGCAGUCCCUCGGAGCACAGCCCUGACGUUAUCGUUAUCAGUUACGUGAUCACGCCGAAGGCCGUAGGCGCGGUGCUGAAACAGGCGGGAACUUCUGGCGACGGCGGCGGCGGAGACGGAGACGAGUGAGGCUGUGACGACGCAAAUUGGUGGCUACGAGAAUAUCCGUCCGGUUCAAGACGACCCGACGCCGCUGAGAUGAGCUACAACCCGUACGGCGGCCAGGGCGGGUACCCGCCGUACCCGGCGGGUGGCCAGACGGGCUACCCGGGAGGACCGCCCGCCUACGGAGCUCCCGGUCAGCAAGCGCCCGGGUACCCGUACCCCGGUGCGCAGCCGGGGCAGGGCGGGCCUGCGGGACCGCCGGGAGGAUAUGGCUACCCGACACAGCCGGGCGGGUAUCCAGGCCCGGGUGGUGGGUAUCCCGGCCAAGGAGGUGGAUAUCCCGGCCAAGGAGGCGGAUACCCAGGCCAAGGAGGCGGAUAUCCUGGUCAAGGAGGAGGAUAUCCCGGCCAAGGAGGUGGAUAUCCUGGGCAAGGAGGUCAAGGACAGGGAGGUGGCUAUCCAGGCCAAGGAGGGGGAUACCCCGGACAAGGAGGUCAAGGACAGGGAGGUGGCUAUCCAGGCCAAGGAGGUGGAUACCCCGGACAAGGUGGUCAAGGACAAGGAGGUGGCUAUCCAGGCCAAGGAGGUGGAUACCCUGGUCAAGGAGGAGGAUAUCCAGGGCAAGGGGGACAAGGACAAGGAGGCGGCUAUCCAGGCCAAGGAGGUGGAUAUCCUGGCCAAGGAGGAGGAUAUCCAGGUCAAGGAGGUGGAUAUCCUGGCCAAGGGGGAGGAUAUCCUGGUCAAGUAGGUGCUUAUCCUGGCCAAGUCGCAGGAAACCCGAAUCCGCUACCUGGAUCCCAAGGAUAUGGGAUCAGUCGUGGAUCUGGGCCAUACCAGCCAGGAAAUCGCACCUAUAUGGAAAAGUCGCAGGGCACCAUCCGGGCGGCUCCGGGCUUCAACGCCGCCGAGGACGCGGCGGCCCUGCGCAAGGCCAUGAAGGGCUUCGGCACGAACGAGCAGGCCAUCAUCGACGUUCUGUGUCGCAGGAGCAACGCCCAGCGCCAGCAGAUCGCUGUCCAGUACAAGUCUGGUUACGGCAAGGAUCUGACCAAGGACCUGGGGAAGGAGCUGGGCGGCAACUUCGAAGAUGUGAUCCUGUCGCUGAUGACGCCGCCCUUCGAAUACCUGGCGAAGGAGCUGCACGAGGCCAUGUCAGGCGCGGGCACCGACGAGGACACGCUCUUCGAGACGCUCUGCACGCACACCAACGCGGAGCUGAACGGCAUCAAGGCCGCCUACGAGCACAUGUACAGCAGGCCGCUGGAGUCUUCUGUUCGCUCCGAGGCGAGCUCCAACUUCAAGCUCCUUCUCACCGCCAUCUUACAGGCUAACAGGGAUGAGUCCCCUCACGCUGACCCGGCAAAGGCAGCCAACCAGGCGCAGGCGCUCUACAAGGCCGGCGAGAAGAAGAGGGGGACGGACGAGGAGACGUUCACGGUGAUCGUGGCGACGCAGAGCGCCGCCCAGCUGCACGCCAUCAUGGCCGAGUACGAGAAGCUCUCCAAGAAGAGCCUGCUCGACGCCAUCAGCUCAGAGACGAGCGGGGACUACCGCCAGGCGCUGCUGGCUGUCGUUAAGAGCUCGCUGAACCGGCCGGCCUACUUCGCCGAGCGGAUCCGGGACACGAUGAAGGGCAUGGGCACGCGGGACGGCGACCUCAUCCGGCUGAUCGUGUCCCGGGCCGAGUACGACCUGGCCAACAUCAAGCAGGAGUACCUCAGACGCUACGGCCACGCCAUGGAGAAGGACGUGUCGUCGGAGACGUCUGGCGACUACAAAAAGGCGCUGGUGAUGAUCAUCGAGGGAAACUAGCUCCAAAAUCGCGAGCCGGAGAGCAAGCCGAGGCCCGCUUCCAAAACGAUGCGCGUCGCACCUCAAAUCCUUCUUCCAGCUGUGGUGUCGUGAAAUUUCAAAUGUGUCUUGUUUGAUGCUCAGAGGUCGUGGCUGGAGGAAAAAACUUCUGCAACCACCUUAAGGAGAGAGGUGCUUGGCUCGCCUCCUUCAGCCAGUCAUGACACUCUUCUAGGCAUGAUGGGCAUGGACCACGACCGUUACUGCGGAUGUUACAGUACAACACCAAAAGCCAAAACACCCGUACACCGAUAGCUGUAGCUUCGCGCUUGCCUUCCGCUGUGACGGAUAACUCGUGUUCAGCUCUGUAUGCGUUUGUGGUGGCUGGCUACUGUCACAGUCUGCCACAGUGCGACGCGUCAUAGGGGCUGCCGCCGUCGUCUGGCGCCUCUUGUUUACUUUGGCUGUAGUAGCGUCGGCGUCAUGUAAUUAGCAAAUGUUUUUUUUCGAAACUUUAUCACUAUACAGGAACAAAUAAGGUUGUCUUGUUUCCGUCGGCAUGGCUUGCUGCGCUGGGAAUAUCAACAUGACAGGUGAGGGGCCGGCAUUCAACCUGUGCGGGAUGACAGAAACCUGUGCUAAUAGGAUCGGCAGGGACUUCGCUUACCACAGUGCCGCCUUCGCUAGUACCGCCAUCGCUAGCACCGCCCCUGUAGUGCCGCGGUCAGUAGUGCCGCUCCUGUAGUACCGUCAUCGGUAGUACCACCCCUGCCUGUCGCGAUCGAUAGUACCACCACCCCCCUUUGCCGUGGUCGGUGGUACCGCCUCUAUCCAUGUCGGCUUUGGGCCUCCAAACGAUCGUGUUGUAAUGAAACCAGGAGGGCAAGGCUGUGCAUUCAUUUUACCGCACCUUUGCUCCUCAUAAAUCUGAUUAAGGCUGGAGGUAUCGUGCUAUGGCAAAACGACAGAGGUGGUUUAGACUGAUGGGAAAGUUAAGUGACGAGUUUCACGGCGCGACGAGUUGUGCGUGAGUGUGACCGCUGCUUAUGGCUGUAAUAUUAGGACUGUCACAGGCAUGAAUCGUUUUACUCCGUGGACGCAGGUAUGGACGCGCAUACAAAUAAUCUCUGGAAAGUGCCCGUCCACUCUAACCCCAUGUCUACCUAUAGGGGUUGCCACUGCUACCAACACAGUACAGGAGGCCAACGGACUGGGACGGGUGCUGUCAGAGCGAUGCGGU